AUGUUAUUGAAAUCUGCAGUGACUUUGACGAGACCAUCUGUGUCGUUGAGCAAGAUGGCAUUGCGCUGCUACACGCAGCUACCCCUCAAGGUUCCUAUCAAGUUGCCCAAUGGGAUCGAGUACGAGCAGCCCACUGGGUUGUUUAUCAACAAUAAGUUCGUGCCCUCACGCCAAGGUAAGACGUUCGAAGUGAUCAGCCCUUCGACUGAGGAGGAGAUCUGUCACGUGUACGAGGCGCGCGAGGACGACGUCGAGGACGCAGUGAACGCUGCAGACCGCGCGUUCAAGUCCGGCGUCUGGUCCGAGGUCGACCCCAUCGUACGUACCGUAGCACUCAACAAGCUCGCGGACUACAUUGAGAAGGACCUCGACACAAUUGCAUCCAUCGAGACGCUCGACAACGGUAAGGCUAUCAGUUCUGCGAAGGGUGAUGUGCAGCUCGUGGUGAACUACUUGCGCUCAUGCGCCGGUUUCGCCGACAAAAUCGAUGGCCGCGUUAUCGACAGCGGCAGCUCGCACUUCUCUUACACCCGCAGACAACCUCUUGGUGUGUGCGGGCAGAUUAUCCCCUGGAACUUCCCUCUAUUGAUGUGGGCCUGGAAGAUCGGUCCAGCCCUAGCUACUGGUAACACUGUUGUUCUAAAGACCGCCGAAUCGACUCCUCUAUCUGCGUUGUACGUUUCCCAAUACAUCCCACAAGCCGGAAUUCCACCAGGUGUGGUUAACAUUGUGUCUGGUUUCGGUAAGAUUGUUGGUGAGGCGCUCACUACGCACCCCAAGAUCAAGAAGAUUGCCUUCACUGGUUCCACUGCCACCGGUCGUCACAUUUACCAAAACGCAGGUGCCAACUUGAAGAAGGUCACUUUGGAACUCGGUGGUAAGUCUCCAAACGUGGUGUUCUCUGAUGCAGACUUGAAGAGUGCUGUUCAAAACAUCAUCAUUGGUAUCUACUACAACUCUGGUGAAGUCUGCUGUGCAGGCUCCAGAGUUUACGUUGAGGAAUCGGUUUACGACGAGCUAUUGGAGGAGUUCAAGAAGGCCUCUGAAGCCGUCAAGGUUGGUAACCCAUUUGACGAAUCCACUUUCCAAGGCUCUCAAACCUCUCAAACUCAAUUGAACAAGAUUUUGAAGUACGUCGAGAUUGGUAAGGAGGAAGGUGCUACUUUGAUCACUGGUGGUGAAAGAUUAGGCAACAAGGGAUACUUCAUCAAGCCAACCAUCUUUGGUGACGUUAAGGAGGACAUGAGAAUUGUCAAGGAGGAAAUCUUUGGCCCUGUCGUUACCGUUACCAAGUUCAAGACUGUCGAUGAGCUCAUUGAGAUGGCCAACGACUCUGAAUACGGUUUGGCCGCUGGUAUCCACACCUCCAACAUCAACACUGCUUUUGAGGUCUCCAACAAAUUGAACGCUGGUACCGUUUGGGUCAACACCUACAACGACUUCCACCACUGUGUUCCAUUCGGAGGUUUCAAUGCUUCUGGUAUCGGCAGAGAGAUGGGUCACGAGGCUUUGGACAAUUACACCCAAGUUAAGGCGGUUCGCAUCAAGGUGGCUUAA